AUACGUUAGCCACGCCUUCUCGCUCCUACUACAGUCAGGGGCCCUAUUAGCGUUCCGGCGCUAUGGCAACAGAGUCUGUCUGGAGCGUCCCGGGCCUAGCCAAGCAACGCGUCCUAUGAAGGGCCGGAACAGGAGGGUCCCGCCCGUCCGCCCCUCAUUCCCUCUUCAGCCUGCUCUUGUCAUCUGGCAGCCGAGAGUCAAGGCGGCCCCAUGGCACCCUGCAAGGGUUUCGUUUGCGUUCUGGAGUUGCAUAUCCGCACGGUAACAUGCCCAGGUGUUGCACUGAAAUCCAGAGAAGAUGUCUAUGUCAGUGCAUGUAUUUUUGGACAGCAUAAGAAAACUUCAUGUGUUCGUGCAAUAUUUCCCCUGAUGUUUAAUGAGAAAUUAAUGUUUGAAAAAGUAUAUACUGAUGUAGUUGACCCAGGAGAACUUGUUGAACUUUUUGAAACUGAUACAUCAGUGGUUCAGUUAAUACAAACUGUUCCUCCAGUGGGUGAAAUUUUGUCCAGAUAUGAAGACAAUACAAGAGAUUUCCUUUUUCCUGCUCCUAAGUUUACCCAUCAACCACGAAAUUCAGUUCGUGAGGUUUUAAUGAAAAAGGCCUAUGAAUUUACAGGAAUUGCACCAAAAUUGAAGUUUCACACAACUUGUGUUAUUUCAGAAAGUCUGUUAAGUUCAGCAAAAGUUCAGAAGCAGAAACAGGAUAAUUUAGAUGGGCUGUUUCAUUCAUCUACAGAAGGAAUCCGACAGAUCAAAUCUUCAAAGAAGAACACAGCUUCAUCUGAGAGAAACAGGCCCUGUUUAGCAACCAAAAGUUAUGAGCAACCCACAAUAGCAUCUCUUUCUCGAUCUCCUUCUCCUUAUACAAAAAGACGUAUGUGUGAGCUUCUGCAAAUCAGUCAACGCCUGGCUCACUUGGACCUAGGGCCUUUUGAUUUUAGGAAAGAAACAGAUAGACCUCCAUUUGUAAUUCGUCAUGUUGAGGAGUUGACUCCCUCACCUGAUGUUCAUACUUGGUGUCGUUCUAAGGACAAUAACAAAGAAGGAGCACCCUAUGAUCCUAGCCUUCUUGGCAGUUACAAACCCAAAAAUAAAAUUAUUGGACCGCAUCAUGAGAAAUAUUUUGAUUAUUUUCCCGAUGCCUAUGAGAAGCACUUCCUCACAAAAAUGAGCAGUAGGCAGAUUUAUUCAAAUCGUCUGUUAAUGCAUUCAGCACCUGCAUCAUUGCCGAAAUUUUUUUCAACUCCUAUGUUAGAUCGCUCAUCUCUUAGAGAAAGGUAUUAUACAGGUUGGAGCACACCAAUAAAUGGGGAUGAGAUUCAUAAACGAGUGAAAAAUAUUUUAAGAACGCACAGUGCAAGGCAAAAGCUAACAUUUUUCAUUCAGCCAGCCAAACGUCAUGGUUCAUUUGGAUAAUGAUGAAUAUUGGACCAGUCAAGUUUCGGAAUAUAAAAACAAGCCCCACAGAGCCAUCUUUGAAGAAAGCCUGGGAAAAAUCUAUCGAAACAUGUACAGAAAAGCUUCCAGCUCACUUUCAAAGAAUAAAUCAAACUAAAUUCCUAAUAAGUGCUAUAGAAGAAAAUGAACAGUGUACAAGAUCAGUAUUUUUUAAUUAUGAAGAUUAUUAUUUGUCUAAUGACUGUAUUUUUUAACGGAACUGUUUUUACAUAAGUAUGUGAAAUUUUUGAGGCUGGGAUUUUCAAUACAAAAAUAAAAUCUGGAGGAUUUUUAUUACGAUA